AUGAUUUCCAAGAGAUCGAGAGUGCUUGCAUUGAUGUUUAUGUUUGUUUUAGGGAUAGUUGAGUGUCGAAAGUUUGAGGAGGAUUUGGAUGGUGGUGCUAGGAGAGAGCUUACUUUUGGUGGUUUUAGUGGGGGUGGGGGAGCCAAAGGAGGAUUUGGCGGUGGCGGCGGUUUUGGAGUAGGGAUUAGUGGUGGUGGUGGUGCUAGAGGUGGAGCUGGUGGGGGUGCAGGAGGAGGGCUCGGUGGCGGCGGUGGGGGUGGAUUAGGUGGUGGUGGUGGUGCUAGCGGUGGAGCUGGUGGGGGUGCAGGAGGAGGGCUCGGUGGCGGCGGUGGGGGUGGAUUAGGUGGUGGUGGUGGUGCUAGCGGUGGAGCUAGUGGGGGUGCUGGUGCUGGUGCUGGUGCUAGUGCUAGUGCUAGUGCUGGAGGUGGAGCUAGUGGGGGUGCUGGUGCUGGUGCUAGUGGUGGUGGUGGUGCUAAAGGUGGAGCUGGUGCAGGUGUCCAAGGAGGAGUCAAAGGUGGUGCAGGUGGUGGUGCUAGAGGAGGCGUAGGUGGAGGAGCUGGAGGAGGUGCAGGUGGAAGAGCUAGUGGUGGUGGAAAAUUUGGAGGUAGUGUAAGUGGUGGGUUUAGUGUUGGCGGCGGCGGCGGCGGAAGAAUUGGAGGAGGAUUUUAA